UGAAAGAGUGGUGCAUUGAGGCUGCUCCUUUCUGUUCUUCAACACAUUCCGAUUGUGGCAGACAGUGAGCGAGUAAGCAGCGAACGAGCGUGUGCGCGCCAGCGACUGACAAGCACGGAGAGACAGAACCGGGAACGAGUGCCGCUUUUCUCCUUAACAGCGUCCGUUCAACUCAGUUCGAGCACUGGCCGCUGUCCACCAGGACCUGGUGAAAAUGAUUCGGACCGUCAUCUGUUUCCUCGGAUUGCUCGUCGGUGGCAGUCAAGGUGUCCUCCAGGUGUCAAUCUCCCUAAAAAAAGUGGAGCUCAGCGUCGGCGAGUCCAAGUUCUUCACAUGCACAGUGAUCGGAGAGCCUGUGAAUUUGGACUGGUAUAACCCGCAGGGGGAGCGGAUGGUCCCAUCUCAGCGGGUGGCCCUGCACAAUGAAGGCAUUCGCUCCAGACUCACGCUCUAUAAUGCCAAAAUUGAAGAUGCUGGCAUUUACAGAUGCCAGGCCAGCGAUGCACAGGGCCAUGUGCAAGAGGCCACAGUGGUGCUGGAGAUCUACCAGAAGCUGACAUUCAGGGACGUGCAGUCUCCUCAAGAAUUUCGACAAGGCGAUGUGGCUGAAGUGGUCUGUGAUGUCACCAGCUCCCCUGUGCCUGUGGUCGCCUGGUAUUAUAACAACAUGGAGAUCAUGGAAGAUAGUGAGAAGUUUCAGCUCUUGCAGAACAACAAUUUGCAAAUCCAAAGAGUGACUAAAGCAGAUGAAGGAAUAUAUCGAUGUGAGGCCAGAGUUGAAGCCAGGGGAGAGAUCGACUUCCGGGACAUCAUUUGGUUGAACAAUAUUUCACCAGUCGUCACUGUACCACAACAAUCCUUCAAUGCCACUGCAGACUACGGAGAAUCUGUAACGUUUACCUGCCGGGCCUACGGCUCCCCUGAACCUGAUGUCACCUGGUACAGGAAGGGAGUGCAGCUCGAGGAAUCGGAGCGGUACGUAAUGAGAGCUCGGGGUACGACGCUCACCGUUCGAAACAUUCAGCAGAACGACGGGGGAUCCUACACCUGCAAGGCCUCUAAUAAGGCGGGAGAAGUUGAGCAUGAACUGUUCCUCAAAGUUUUUGUCCAGCCCCACAUUACUAAGCUAAGGAACGUGACAGCUGUAGAGGGCAGCGCCGCCAUGAUCUCCUGCAAGGCUGAAGGUGAACCCUUACCUGAAAUCUCCUGGAGGAGAGCGAGUGACGGACACAGCUUUUCAGAUGGAGAUAAGAGUCCAGACGGUCGUGUGGAGGUACGCGGACGUUAUGGCGAAUCCAUGCUGACUAUUGUGGGAGUCAAACUGUCUGACUGGGGCCGGUUUGACUGUGAGGCUCUCAGCAGGAUUGGAGGGCAUCAGAAGAGCAUGUUCCUGGAUAUCGAAUAUGCACCAAAGUUCCAGACCAACCACACUAUAUUUUUCUCGUGGGAGGGGAACCGGGUCAACAUCAGCUGUGAUGUCAUGUCUAACCCUCCGGCCACCAUGCUGUGGAGACGGGACAAGCUGACCAUACCCAGCGAGGGCGUGGGAAACAUGCGUGUACAUAGCACCCCCGGCAGGUCACUUUUGGAGGUUACUCCCAUGUCGGAUAGAGAUUUUGGCCGUUACAACUGCACAGCUAGGAAUAACAUCGGCAUGCGCUUUCAGGAGUUUAUCUUGGCUCAGGCGGAUGUUCCCACGAACCCUUACUCUGUGCGCUUGAGUUCUGUGGCCCAGCGCGUGGCCACGGUUACCUUCAUAAAGCCGGACUCCCACGGGGGCGUACCCAUCAGUCACUACCUCGUCAAAUACAAAGACAUCAGCUCACAUGACUGGAAGGAUGUGAAGUCACAGGGGACACAGACAAUAGUUUUGCUCACAAACCUUGAGCCCAACACGACAUAUGAGUUGCAGGUAGCCGCGGUGAACGGGAAAGGUCAAGGGGAGUUCAGCCGAACGGAAAGCUUUCAAACCCUGCCCAUCAGAGAGCCCAGUCCACCGUCAGUUCAGGGCCAGCGAGGGGUGGGGAAAGCAUAUCGUCUGGGUCUGGUCAAGCAGGACGAUGGAGGAAUGCCCAUUCUGGAGUACAUUGUCAAAUAUAAAACAGAUAAGGAAGAGCAAUGGAUGACGAAACUGGUUCCAGGCGCAAACGAUUUCUUUCUGCUUCAGCCGCUCCAGUGGAACACUCAGUAUGAAGUCGAGAUCACGGCUCGCAACGUCAAAGGAUUGUCUGAACCCACCUUCGUGAAAUUCUCCAUGCCUCAGAAACCUGAUAUUACAGCAGAUUCGCUGUUCAGCGGCCUGGGCCUGGGUGCAGUGGUUGGGCUCGGGUUAGCUGGCCUGCUGCUGCUGCUUGUGCUCGUGGACGUCAGCUGCUUCUUCUUGCGCCAGUGCGGCCUGCUCAUGUGCAUCACUCGCAAACUCUGCAGUAAAAAGACGGCCACAAGCGGCAAGAGCAAAGAGCUGGAGGAGGGCAAGGCUGCAUACCUGAAAUUGCCUCUGAAAGAGGAAAACGGCAAGGAGAACUUGAAGGCGGACACGAUCGAGAUCAAGAUUCACGGCGACAACAGCCUUCACAUGACACAGGGGGACAGUAAAGCAUAAUGGAGCCCUGUCGCACACUUUAAGAACAUACAAAAUGUGCCACCCUGAGACCAAUAGCAAGCAAACUAACAAGAAUACAAGCAAGAACACGCCAACCAAUUGUAAGAUCCUUUGUUAGAGACUCUUUGUCGGAGAAUCAGAAGAGGCCACACGAUAACUGCUUUGUGAAACAUUUUUUGGGGAGAUUGUCGCCCACCAGACAAGCUCCUGUUUAUUUGUGCUUGUUCUCGCUUGUUUCUGUUUAUUUCGAGGCUUUGCGGUUGCUUUACUGUUUGAUUCUUUGUUACUUGAAGAGGUUGAGUCUACGCUGUCUUUAUCUCUCGGUCUCUUAUUCACUUUCUUUGGAGUUCAGCCGUGGCGUGGUUGCGCAUAUACAUAGCUUUUCAUGCAAAGAGAAUGCAUCAUACCACACAACUUUUUUUGCGGUCUCUGUGUUGUCGUUGUGGGUAAGUGUAAUGUGUUUCAUUUCUAGCCUUUUACCAAGGCCCCUCUCACCCAAAUGUGACAGAUCAGAAAUGACUGACUGCUCAGUAGCUGAGAUAAAAUCAGAGACACAUGACCCCAAACUGAAUAAGGUCAGUGGGUGGGUUGGGGGAGUCAAGUAUCGAGACACAAUCUUUGGCCUUCAACAGAAUGAUAACAUCUCACAGAUUUCAGGUGUUUAUGUGGCUUAAAAAACGUUCAUGUUUUCGAUACUUUAAUUAAAAUCAAAGGACCAUCAUGUGCCAUCUGUCAAGAUAUCAUGAGAAAGGCUCUUUUGUUGUUUAAAGUGCGUGUUUAUUUAUGAAAGCUUGUGUGAUUGCGUGCAUCUGAACGUGUGUUUUGUUAUGGCUGUGUGUGCGAGCAUGGCGUAUAGAACGAUAAACAGUGACGUGUAGGGAAAGUUGAGGUUGCCAAGUAUUGAUACAAAGGAUUAUGGAAAUAUGAAAAUACCUAUUGAAGUGCAACAGUGUAAAUAUACUCGUUAUAAUUUCUUUGGAACAUUUAACAAGAUGGAAAAAAUAAUGAAUCGUUCAAAGUUCCGUCUUCGUGUCGCACAUGACUGAAUACAAAUUAUGUUUAUCCACAACAAAACAGGCAAAUUUUUUCAGAGAUGUACGUUAUAUGACCGCUGAUGCAUUGAGAGCUAAGGGAAGUCAUGAGGAAGAGUAGUACAUGAAAUGAGUACAAAGGGUUGUUGCGGUGCAUCCGCUAAUAUUCUGAUGAACAUUUCGCUAUCCCAUGAGGACAUGGGAGCUGAGGAGCUGACAAAUUCAUAAGCUGGAAAAAACAAAAGCAAAUAGCUGUGCUCCAGGUACCAAGAAAAUAGACGGUUAAAUUCAACAUGUUUGAGGCAACUGUGUAAAUUGUCUUUGUGGUUGUUGUCAAUGAAUCAAAGGUCAAAGGACAAUGCUAAACUGUUGUAGUUUGGCAAGAAAUAUAUUCAUACUGCACAUCUGCAUAAGAAAAGAGGUAUACUUUAUCAUCAAUCCAAAUAUAUUGUGCAACAAUUUGGAUGGAGCCAUGCCUAACUUUACAUAGACUCAAAUGCGUCAAAUACAGCCUGUUUAGACGGAUUGUGUUAUGCAGUAGAUCAGAGAUCCGUACUGUUUGUUUGGCAGUAAUGCAAUAAAGAUGUGUUACGGCUAAAGAUACACUCUAAUUUUACCUGUCAAAGUUUGAGAAUGAAUACCAUGUUUUUAGCUUACUGUGCAACAUAACAUUGUCACUUUGGACAAGCAAUUUUUUCCAAUCGGCUCAGCAAUGUUUGCAUUAUUUCAUCAUCGUGUUUCGUACACAUCCGGCUGUCCACACUCGGCGCAAUAGAACAUUGUGGAAUGUUGCCCAUUUCUUUUCAACAGUCUAAAGGGAGCGCUCCAUAAACCCAGCUGUAUGUAAGAAUGUGGAAAUCUUGUAAUCCAGUGUAAUUUUUCUUCUGUAAAUAAAAGUGUCCCAAUAUAAAAGUCUAAGGCAUUUGGGCUUUUU